AUGUCCGAGGAUCUGCAGGCUCAGGUGGAGCAGCUGCCGACCGACCCUUACUUGCUGCUCCGAGUCCCUCGUCAGGCCGAUCAAGAUGCCAUUCGUCGCGCCUACCGCGAAGCCAGCUUGCAGUGGCACCCGGACCGGACGCGCAACGCAAGUGAACGUCGCUUGUUUGCCGUCGCCUUUCACCGCAUUCACACCGCCUACCGUUUGCUGGCCGACCCCACUCGACGCCAUGCCUAUGACGAAGACCACCCAGCUCCCCCUUUGGCUCCCGCCCUGGCCCUUGUCACCUCGGACGAGGUGUUCAACGCCAACCAAACUGCCGCCCGCUUCCACCGCUCCAUGGCCCUCCUUCAACAGCUCCCCAUGCUUGAACGCCAACACAACCUGGCGCCGGGAUCGCUUGAACUAGACCUACCCAGCGCCGACCACGAACCCCCCACACAGCUCCUCCCCACAAGUUCUCAGGACCCAGCCCCGCCGACCCUGACUCGUUGCACCGGGGUUGGCUGCGAGCUUGUGGCCGUCGACGCCACCGCUGAGCAGCCCGAUGGCCGCAACGUUUGUCUCUGUCGAACCCACGCCCGUGUACACCAAUGUACUUCUGCCUGCACCAACCGACAUGCCUUUUGCCCACUCUUUGCCCAGUGCCUGCACCGGCACUGGCAGCACGACGUUGCCCUGGCCUGGUCGCUGCAACGCAGCGACUCGGACGACCCCGAACGUCCCCUUCACCCCUACUGGUUCAAUGCCCGCUCCGGCAUCUCCCAAUGGUGCGAUGCUGCCGCAUCAGACGCGCCAGAAGAGCAGCAAUGCCACCCUCCGACCCCGGAGAGCCUGGCGCAUACCUGCUCUCCUGAAGCAUGCGGCACUACCGGCUUUGUUCGGCUCCAACACCAAGUCUGGGUCUGCCGGCGCUGCCCCCUUAACAUGCAUAUUUGCACCUCCACGCAAUGUCGCCAGCGCCAAGCCAUUCUCCUGCCCAACCAGGAUGAAAAGGCCGCCCGCCGACGCAUCAAACAAAAGGGCACCGAACAGCUCUCUGCCAUCGAGGCUGCCGCUGCCGACUCUGAGAAUCAGGGCACGUUUUGCUGGGUCACCAAUCGUAUCUAUGACGGCAACAACGAACCCACCAUCACCGCCGAAGAGGAAGCCGUGCUUGCCCGUGGCGACCUUCCCCAGCUUGCCAAGCCGAACAACGUGGAGACGGAGGUCGUCGAGUACGAGGGCGCCGACGGCCGCCGCCACCAAACGGUUGUCGUGCGCGAAAACAUAUUCAAGCGUCGCGGCCGCGCUGCCGGCGAUCGCCUCCACCCAGAGCCCCUUGAUGCCGGCCCGGGCUUUGAGAGCGCCGCCGAGUACAUUGCAAGCCUCCAAGAACAGCAAGCACAGCAUCGCCGAGACAUGGAGCUGGUCGAGGAACAGCGCCUCCGUCAAAUGGAAGACGAAUGUCUUACCCUUCCCCUUGCUUCCCCCACCUCAGCAAGCCCCGAGUCCCGCCCUGACACUUCCGCCUACCACCGCACCGCCCUGGAUGUGCCUGACCCACCGGAAGAUGAAGACACAGACGAGGUCGUCGUGGCCCCUACCCACGCUGCCGCGUCUGUGCCCGCCACUGAUGGUGCCCCGACGCCCAAGCGCGUCAAGCGAGAACCUAGUCCCAAUGCCGACGAUGGCGCGACCGUCGCCGUGCGCAUUCAAGCUGACGGCAGCGCGCACGCCGUCUCGGGCGUUUCCUCUUCGUCAGGUCCUACUCUGCCCGCCACCACUUGCGAGUCCAACGCACCACCACCGNCCCCAUCCAACAGCGGCGAAGCGGAAGAGGAUCAGGAAAUUCGGGACGAGAUUGCCUGGCAAGAGCAGGAGUUGGCGGCCGUUGAGCGCUACGAGCGGCGCCUCGCGCUCAUGUACACCACAAAUCCAGCACUCGGGGAACCAGCGGGCACGGACGAACAGGGCUACGCCUUGCGCCGCCUUAACGACCAUGUGUACCGGGUGGCACGACCCCCACGCCACCCCAACACGACCCGCCAACGCAUUCUGGAUCGCGCCAUCCAUCGUGCCCGGCGUCAACAGGAGUUACGCUCCCGAUAUGGCGUGCGCUCAGAGACCCGCCUCAAAGGCGCUGGUGUCUCGUCCUUGGUGCGCCGUGGUCCCCCGCGAUCCAACGGCACGGGGCCCCGCACACACUUUGUGGGCACCGUCACCCCGCAAGUUCCUCUUGUUGUCAAGAACGAACCCGAGGAAGUCGAUCGGAGUGGCCCACCCUCACCCAAAUAUUGCAAAGUGAAGGCGGAGCCAACUAGCUGA